AUGCCAGGCUGCCACUUCAAUCGCACCGUCAGGUUCUUCUACGAGGCCAGUGGAAAGAACAUCACCACCUUCUGGAGGGCGAGAGAUUAUGUGGUGGUCACUCUCGGUCUGACCGUCUGCAUUAUAGUGAUUUUGGCCAAUAUCAUGGUCAUGACGGCCAUCUUCAUUAACCGACGCUUUCACUUCCCCAUCUACUACCUGCUGGGCAACCUUGCGGCCGCGGACCUGUUUGCUGGCAUCUCCUACCUGCAUCUUAUGUUUCACACUGGGCCCUGGACCAUCAAACUCUCCAAACACCAGUGGUUUGUCCGUCAGGGUCUGAUAGACACCAGUUUGACAGCGUCUGUGGUUAGCCUGUUAGCCAUCGCUCUGGAGAGACAUCAGACCAUCUUCACCAUGCAGUUGCACAGUAAGAUGACAAACCGCAGAGUCAUCCUCCUCAUCCUCGGCAUCUGGAGCAUCGCCGUGGUGAUGGGCCUGGUGCCUACCAUGGGAUGGCAUUGUAUCUGUAAGCUUAGCGAGUGUUCGACCAUGGCGCCCCUGUACAGCAGAGACUACCUGGUCUUCUGGGCGGUGAUGAACCUGCUUACCUUCUCCAUCAUGGUCAUCAUCUACACACGCAUCUUCAUCUACGUGAGGAAGAAGAGUCAGAGGAUGAGUCAGCACACCACGCAGAUGAAACACAAAGAGACUGUAGUUAACCUCAUGAAGACGGUCUCAAUGAUUCUGGGGGUCUUUGUGGUCUGCUGGACGCCUGGUCUGGUUGUACUCUUAUUGGACGGUCUGGAUUGUCAGUCAUGCAACGUUUUGCGUUACGAGAAGUACUGCCUGGUGCUGGCGGAGUGUAAUUCGUUAGUUAACCCCAUCAUUUACUCGUACCGGGACCAGGACAUGAGACGAACCUUCAAACGCAUCCUGUGCUUCUUCUCCCGCUCGUCCCGCGGCCCUCACUCCGAGGUGCACUUCAACACCCUGGACCAAGAGGUAUUUUCAGAGAGCAAUGGGACCGAUAUCGACAGCACCGUCGCCACGGCAGCGCACGCUGACUCAGCCUUGGCUCGCACAUAA